CUGGAUAAUAACGUCCUACCACUGCCAGCGAAUACCAUCUGCAAUUCACAGAGCUGAGAGAACCGUAACGCAGCAAAAUCCAGGACCAAGUGGAAUUAGCAAUUUUGCUGGCGGCUACUGUAUGAUAUGGCCACCUGUUCUCACAGCUGCAGACCUCUCAUCUGGGUUGGUGAAUGGUGCAGGGCGCAGGACCCUACCCGUCGUCCAGUCUUGGGCCUAAAUGCUGAUUGGCAAGAAUGCAGGAGAAGAAAGAAUGCAGAAAAUUGUCAUGGGCGCCAUCAGCAGCACUAUGCUCGCCGCAGCUCUGCUGCCUGCCGAGCAGGCGGAGAGCCAGGGCCGGCGAGCAGCGACAGCCGGAGCAGUAAUGCAGACACAUCAUUACAAAGUUUAGAACAACUGCUUCGACCCAAGCAAGAAGGGGCGGGCGCAGAAAGCAGGAGAGGCGUGGAUGCACAGUCAGCAGGUGCAAGGAGUGCCAAAGACAGCAAUGUGGAGGAAGUUACAGCUCCGUUGCUCUCUCAAAAAGGGGCAGUGAAAGGAACAGCAGCAGCGCCGACCCCCUCGAUAACUCUCCAACAACAAUUGGACCGUGCAUAUGAGGAAGCCAGACGACCGCAAACAAAAACUCCUGCUCAACUUCGAAUUCAAAAGCGACGAGAAUAUAUGGCAAAAGUUGGUAAAAGGAAUGAUUCGCCGUUCUUUGCACUGGUUGGUGCACUGGUUUUGGUUCCUCCACUUGUCAUUUUGGGGUUUGCAGUUGCAACAGGCUAUGUGGAUCUCUUCAAGAAUUGACUCGAAGCUUUAAACUUUGGGCCCUAAGCUUGUACUUGCAUGCUUGACCCAUGCACCACAUGAAUCCCCUCCCUCAUC